UCACAUAGAGGACUUGCUCCUCCAGCUGUGGGAGUUAUCGAGCCAACGUCAUCAUCUGCGCUUUUGGGAUUAUCCAUUCGACAAUCACUCUUCAUCCAGCCAAUCAGGGUUGCACACGGCCCACAUUGCAUGACAACAAAUCCCAUCAAAAUCUCUACGUGUGUGCAACCGUGUUUCUGUUUGCUUGUACUUGUUAUUGACGGCGAUAUUGAACAAAGGCUUUUAAACAGCAGAUGUCGGAGACAUACAUAAGACAAAAUAUUACUACCUUUCUAAUGUCAACUUAUUUAUUUAUAUCAGCCGAAGGGAUUCGCGUGCCCUUGGCCUUCUACUGCUUAUGCAACCCGGUUGCUUUUUGGUUCUCUUGAUUCCCAGCUAGCUGACAUAAUAACUUUCUUUCUAACCUUUUCUUACAGAAUCCUUAAAGACGCCAGCCAACAUGCCAAUACGGUCAGCGUGAAGGUCAGAGUCACCCUCUUUCUUUCUUUUUACAAGCUAGACCUUUGUCCCUUCAACUGGCUGUGUGCUUUUCCACCCCUGGUUGGCCAUGAAGGUCCCGAAGGCUAACCACUAGCAAAGACCUAAUCGAUAAGCUUUCGUCACACAAAACAACUGUCUGGUGCAUUAGGGUGAGGCCAAAAUUUGCAGAGCGAAAUAUUUGAUUUUUCUGGUUUUUAGUCACGCUAGCGACGUGGCGAGAUCGAUGACAAUGUUGCCUGAUGCCCUGGUGCCCUGUUUCCUGAUCCCCCGCUUUGGUCCAGACUGAAAUAUCUCAACAUAUUUUGGAUGAAUUUUUCAAUUUGUCCCAAACUCUUGCAACUCUUGCAAGUCUUGCAAAACUAAUGCUAUUCCCGUCAGCAUCAGCUGUGUUUCUGGACCCAAUGUGUCCUCUAUGGUCAUGUUUGUUCAGCGUGUUAGCAUGCUAAUCGGGGUAAACAGUGCCACUGUUAACAUUAACAGUUAACAUUAGCAUGUUAGCAUGCUGUGUUAGCAUUGAGCAGGAAUUAACUAUAUCUGAUCAUUAUCAAAUGUUCUUUGUUCACAGAAAAUGUUUCAUAAGAAGGCAGCGCUGAUAACAAAUGCAAGAAGCACCUGAGCUCAAACUGCCUCCCUGUCCAGCAACAGUACUUUAAUGGUUGGAACUGCCCGCCCCAACCUCCAUUACUGCCCUCACAGACACAGCCUGAUGAUCACCGGUGCCAUGGGAGCGGUGCGAGUCACUAGAUACAGCAUCGUUUCCACAGACGAAGAUGCCCUGAAGAUCUCCAGCGUGGCCCGACACAACGGCCACAGUCCUCUGACUCAGCAGACUCUGUCGGGGCCCUGCAUGCGGGCCGAGGAAGCAGGAGGAGAGUGUCCAGGUGGCGAUGAGGGAAGAGGGACUUUAUCUUUGAGAGUAACAAAUGAGCCCGUCGUCCACAACAGCUGCCGCGCUUCACCUUCAUGUCGCCUGGGCCUGGAUAUGGGCACCGGACACCUGCGCAGCCGCUUUGUGAAGAAGAGCGGCCAGUGCAACGUGGUGUUCCACAACAUGGAGGAUAAGCCACGGCGUUACCUGGCUGACAUUUUCACCACCUGCGUGGACAUUCGCUGGCGCUAUCUGCUGCUCGUUUUCACCACCACCUUCCUUCUGUCUUGGCUGCUGUUUGGCGUGAUCUUCUGGGGCGUGGCGCUCAUUCAUGGCGACUUUAGCCUUCGCAUACCCACGAAGGAAGGGGAUCCUCGAAACAACGUAGGGGACGAAAAUGACGAAUGGCGGCCAUGUAUCCUCCACAUCCAGGGUUUCAUCGGGGCCUUUCUGUUCUCCAUAGAGACCCAGACCACCAUUGGAUAUGGAUUCCGAUGUGUCACCGAAGAGUGCCCAGGCGCUGUGGUGACAGUGGUGGUCCAGUCCAUCGUUGGCUGCAUUCUUGACUCCUUCAUGAUCGGCACCAUCAUGGCAAAGAUGGUGCGCCCCAAGAAGCGGGCGCAGACCUUGCUGUUCUCGCAUUAUGCCGUCAUCGCCAUGCGAGACGGCAAGCUUUGCCUCAUGUGGCGCCUGGGCAACAUGCGCAAGAGCCACAUUGUCGAAGCACAUGUACGCGCUCAGCUUAUAAAGUCGCACGUGACAGCGGAGGGCGAGUACCUCCCUUUGGAGCAAACGGACAUUGAUGUCGGCUAUGACGACGGGUUGGACCGGCUGUUUCUGGUGUCACCGCUGGUGGUGGUCCACGAGAUCAACAAGACCAGUCCUCUGUACAACCUGAGCCGCAACGACCUGCUCAAGGAAGACUUUGAGAUCGUGGUCAUCCUGGAGGGGAUGGUGGAGGCCACAGCUAUGACCACUCAGGCCCGCAGCUCCUACUUGUCCAAGGAGAUCCUGUGGGGUCACCGCUUUGAGCCGGUGGUCUUUGAGAAGGGUGAUCGCUACCAGGUGGACUACUCCCGCUUCCAUAAAUCCUACGAAGUGCCAUCUACACCUCACUGCAGUGCCAGGGAACUAAACCAGAUGAUGGGCCGCGGCAGGCAGUCCUCAUCCUCCAGCUCGAGUUACUCCCGGUCUCCCUCGCCAUUCCCACAGAGGGCAGCCCGCCACCUCCUGGGCCCUCACUCCCCCAGCGCUUUCUGCUACGAGAACGAGGUGGCCUUGUGCUGCGGGGACGACGAGGAGGACGUGAAAGAGGAGGCGGGGAGCCUGAAUGUAAGAAGUGAGAGAGAGGUAAAGAUAAGGGAUGACAUUCACUUGGGAUUCAAAGAGACAUUUGUGGAGGAGCAGAAGGUGGAGAUGCUGUGCGUUCUGGACUCAGAGAAUCAGAUCAGCCUUGACAGACUACAGCCCACCCUACCUUUAUACAUCAGCAGAGAGUCAGGGGUCUAAUAGAUGGUAAUGGCUGACCGUCCAUUUGUUUUCUCUCUUUGUCUGUGUGCAUCCAACCAAAGUAUUGAAAUAGUUUGAAAAUAAAAGAUUUUUCGCAGCUGUCACAAAAUCCACUCAGCUUUUGAUCAUAACUUGCUCUGGCUAGAGGUAUUGUACACUUUUAGUUGUGACAUCAGCAUUUAAACAGCGUACAGCUCAUCUACUUUUGAAAAUGGUGACCGGGUAUUACUCUCAAAUCAUGAGCUAUCUUGAAAACGUUGUUGCUUUCUUGUUUUAGUCGAUAUGACAGUCUAUGAUCUACAGUUAAGUCAGGUUUUUGUUCUUUAUUUUCAUUGAGUUUUUGUAAAUAUGAUAUGAUUUUGUUUUAAUUUUGAAAUGAUUAUGCAUCAUAUACAUAUAUGUUAUAAGAGAAAAAUCCAUUUAUUUUAAAGGUGG